AUGGAUCACGCAAAGUUGGCGCGUAUGCAGGCGUCAGUGCGCAUUGGUACCGGCAAGGGCACUCCCCGCAGGAAGGUCAAGAAGGUCCACAGGGGCGCUGGUACCGACGACAAGAAGCUCCAGACCGCGCUGAAGAAGCUCAAUGUCCAGCCUAUCCAGGCCAUUGAGGAGGUCAACAUGUUCAAGAGCGACGGCAACGUCAUCCACUUCUCGGCACCCAAGGUCCACGCCUCAGUACCCGCCAACACCUUCGCCAUCUACGGACACGGUGAGGACAAGGAGCUGACAGAGCUCGUCCCCGGCAUCCUCAAUCAGCUCGGCCCCGACUCGCUCGCAUCGCUACGCAAACUCGCCGAGUCUUACCAGAGCAUGCAGAAGGAGAAGGGCGAGGACGGCGAGAAGAAGGACGACGACGAGGAGGAUGACGAUGACAUCCCCGACCUCGUCGCUGGCGAGAACUUCGAGUCGAAGGCUGAGGUCGAGUAA